UACAUCCUCUCUGGGCAGGGGCCCCGUUGCCAGUUGGCAUAGCCUUCAUUUCCCAGACUGCAUUGCGUCUUAUACGUCCGCCAUAUUGCCUUCGCCGAAACGAGCUGGCUGGAUCGACUCGUACCCUCAACUGAAAAUUGCUGCAGUGAUGACUCAGACCAUUCAGACCAAUGGGGUUCAGCCCCUCAGUAAGACCUGGGAGCUGAGUCUGUACGAGCUCCAGAGAACUCCACAGGCACAGGAGGCGAUAACAGAUGGACUGGAAAUCGCAGUGUCGCCCCGGUCUUUGCACAGCGAACUCAUGUGUCCGAUCUGUCUGGACAUGUUGAAGAACACAAUGACAACCAAAGAGUGUCUGCAUCGCUUCUGCGCUGAUUGUAUCAUCACAGCUUUAAGAUCUGGUAAUAAAGAGUGUCCUACCUGUCGUAAGAAGUUGGUAUCCAAGAGAUCGCUGCGUCCAGACCCCAACUUUGAUGCUCUGAUUAGCAAGAUCUAUCCCAGCCGUGACGAGUACGAAGCCCACCAAGAGAGAGUCUUGGCUCGCAUCAGCAAACACAACAACCAGCAAGCCCUGUCCCACAGCAUAGAGGAGGGGCUGAAGAUCCAGGCAAUGACCAGACUGCAGCGUGGUAAGAGACACACGGUGGAGAAUGGUAGCGGAGCGGAGGACAAUGGAGACUCCUCCCACUGUAGCAACGCUUCUGUCCACAGCAACCAGGAGGCCGGUCCAAGCAUCAAGCGCACUAAGACGAGUGAUGACAGCGGUUUGGACAUGGACAACGCUGCAGAGAACGGGGGCGGGGACUCUGUGAUCGAAGGUGGUGCCAGCGAAAUCGAGCUGGUGUUCAGGCCACACCCUACCCUGAUGGACAAGGAUGAUGGUCACAACAGCGUGGAGUUCGUCCCCCGCUACAUCAAGACGUCUGGCAACGCCACAGUGGAUCACCUGUCCAAAUACCUGGCUGUCAGGCUGGCUCUGGAGGAGCUGAGGAGAAACGCAGAAGCCAGUCCUGUUAACGUGGAGGCAGCUUCAGAGAAGCAGUACACCAUCUACAUACCCACUGCUGGGAACCAGUUCACUGUUCUGAACGGCUCCUUCUCCCUCGAGCUUGUCAGCGAAAAGUACUGGAAGGUGAACAAACCCAUGGAGCUCUACUUUGCUCCAACUAAAGAACACAAGUAGACACACACACACACAAUGCUCUGUUGCAAGUUAAAAUACGGACUACACCUGCACACACAAUUGAGAGGAGAGCAGUGUGUGUCAGGAGAAGAGAGAGGUUGGUUAAACCCUCAGAAGGACUGUUGUAAAAAGAAAAAACUGUUGUUUUUUAUUCUGUGUGUUUCCUUUUUGUUCUUUCAGUAGAAGGUAACAGAUGAGCACAGCAAUGUCUAAUUCUGCAUACAACAUGUGGAAUACACUGGCACCACCACAUGGGUCAUUUCACAUGUAUGUGACAUGUAUGGAAGCAAAGGAGAACACUAAAUACUCCAUGUCUGAUUGGAUUUGUAACCCUGUAAUACAAAUGAGACGUUUCACAUUUCCCUCUUUUAUAGCUUCAAUUUAGUUUUUUGCCACUUAGACUUUUAGUCUCAGGAGCUAUAUUUCUCGUUUUCUUUUAAAUACUUAUCCCUUCUAAAUCCAAUCCAUGAAAGAUGUACAUAAUUUACUUUAACUCUUGGAUCUAUUCCUUUUUGAAUUUUUGGGGAUUUAUUAGCUGAAAAUGAGAGGAAUGAAAACCAUCUACAGUACCAGUAUAUGGUUUACAUACACAUUCUAAAUUAAAUAAUCAUUCGGAACUAAACUGAAUAACUUUCAGCUGCUUAUGAAACUCAAAUGAAUAUAAAUGAGUAUUUUCUUUGCUUCCAUAGAAAACCCUCAUCUGUCACAGUGAGAACCCUCUGUUUAAUAUCCAAUUACGUCUCUAGAGUAAUAUGAAACUGCAAAGAUUCAGAAACUUUUUUUUUCCUGUUUGGCUUUAUAAAGGUUUUUUGAUAAUAUUGUAAGAGUUUUUUUUGUUGUUGUUGAAAUUGUCUUUCACAUUAAACUAGAGAAUGGUAAAAAUAUAAAUGUCUACCAUGUUUCUGUGAGGGAAGACUUGUGUCUGAAGCAAAGUCAGUAACAGGAAGCUUUGGGCCUUCUGACCUUCAGCAGCAGGAAGGUUCUCUCUGUGAGAAGCUCCUCGCUGUGGUCUUCAUCUGUAGAAACAACGUCUAAUAUCUGUGGCGUGCUCUUUUAUACAUGUCUUUUUUUAACAUUGGGGGGGCUGGGGGUUGGGACGAAUUGUUUGCAGCACCAUGGACUCUUCACUGUCUGCUCCUCCUCCCCACUGGGAUGGAACGCUCCAUGUCCCAUUGAAUUCACCUUUAUUUUCUGCUGUUGCGCAGUGAACAAUUGAACGAGGGAUUCAAAUCAAAUGUUACACAUUAAUUGGACUGCUAAAGUGUGUGAGCUUAGAGGGCAGAGAUAACUAUGCCCACAAUGCCCUCUUCCUUUCUCUCUCCUUGGACUGUAUUCAUUUAGUGAAAGCCUUGUGUGCAGGAUGAGUGUCAGAAUAUUCACUCACAUGUUUUUUACUGGGACUUUAGUACUGUGUCAGCGACUGAGUGAAUGCCAAGCCAAACCCGUUUGUACUCUACAUGUCUCAUUGCGUUGAUUUCAUUUGGUACGUUGACGGGACAAACCAUGAGCCGACAACAUGCAUGUUGAGACCCGGUGCUCUGCUUCAUAACUGGCCUCGUGUCCCAGGAGAAGCAGAGAGAGGACCAUUCAAAAGUACCCACACACCUCAUUCAGUUGAAUCAUUUCACUGCUGUUACACAACAAUGGGAUUUAUUGGCCCAUGAAAAGCUGGAAAUGUUUUGCUCUCUUGUUGAUGUCACAUGUUUGUUUUUGGGCAAAGCGUCUCCCUUGGAACUCAUGAUUUGGUUCAUGAGUCUGAACAUCUGCAGCGUUUCAGGGCCGGUGCCCCUGUGGGGGGGUAAAAGAAGAACGUGGUUUUCAUAUUCAGAGACUAUUGUAACAUUCUGGGAUACAUCGAUAACUACAUUAAAGAAAUGCAUGCAGCCCAUUUAAACAUGUCAGUAUUCAUUUCAA